AACGAACAAAACCUUUACCAGAGAGAAACAUUGAACUGAAAAUAUUAACGUGAAGAUGUCAGCAUCAGGAGAGAGAGGAAUUCAAGAGGAGGAGAAAAAGUCUGCUGUUCAGGGAACACAAAUUAAUAUCAAAGUCAAGGGCCAGGAUGGUAAUGAGCUUUUCUUUAGGAUAAAAAAAAGCACUCCGUUUCGGAAACUCAUGAAUGCAUACUGUGAUCGGCAAUCUGUGGAUUUUAACUCGAUUGCUUUCUUGUUUGAUGGAAGGAGAAUUCGAGGUGAGCAGACUCCUGAUGAGCUAGAGAUGGAGGAUGGUGAUGAGGUAGAUGCAAUGCUACACCAAACGGGAGGUGGACAUGAGUUUCUUUAGACGUAUGUUGAUCUUCAUCAAAAUGCUUGAGAAAGCCAAUGGUCUAGAUUUGGUGCUUGUCUUUAAGUUUUUCAUUUUCAUACCAUAUAUUAUGAUAUGAAUGUGGAAAGGUGGAUAGUUAUUUUCAAGUUUAUUGAAGUCCAGUUGCUUA